AUGGCCGCCGCCGCUCCCACGCCUCGGUUCACCUUCACCGAGCGGGCUGAGGCGGGUAAUCUGUCCGAACCAGAAAUUCUCAACUCUGCCAAUCCUGCCGGCGCAGAAAUCCCCAACGAGUCCGACGUCGUCGUCGCUGGCGGCGGCAUCCAUGGCCUCAUCUAUGCCAUCCACGCCGCUCGGCACAACCCUGGGAAUGUCAAGAUCUCGGUGGUUGAGAAGGGCACCAAACCCGGCUACAAGAUUGGCGAGAGCACACUGCCGCUUUUUGCCAUGUGGUGCAAGAUGAACGGCCUGACGGCCGAGCACCUCCUGCGAAUCUUUGGCGUCAAAGACGGCCUCUGCUUCUACUUUUUAGACCGCAACGACCCCGCCAGGUGCACCGACUUUCUCAUCAACGGCACGCCGGGUCUCUAUCUUAGCGGCUACCAGCUGGAGCGCCCCAUAAGCGAGCUGCUCUUCACACUCAUGGCCCAGCGCAGCGGUGUCAACGUCUACCACGGCAAGACCGUUGACUUUGGUGGGUCCAAGGUCCAAGGCGGCUUGGGGAACAGCAGCAUCAAGGUGGGCCAGUCCAAAGGUCUCGGCGACAAGGUCGUCGACGUCAACAGCUCGCUCCUCAUUGAUGCAACGGGCCGCUUCCGCCAAUAUGCUUCAAAAAAGGCCCCUCUCCACCGGUUUGAGGGUUUCAACACGGACGCAUUCUGGGGAUACUUUACCUAUCCCGAAGACGAGAGCAAGAUUCCGUUCCGUCUCUACGAGGGCUGCCACACAAAUCACCUCUGCUUCCCCGAGGGCUGGUUCUGGGUCAUCCGCAUCCUCUCGUGGCAGGGCAACCCCACGGCCAAGCUGAUGGACAUGUUGACGUACCUGCUCGACUGCGCCGACGCCGGCGUGCCGGGCGACCAGAUCCCCAGCACGGACGAGCUGGCCAAGAUGUUUGGGCUCAAGUACCGCUGGGUCACCAGCAUCGGCGUCGCGGCGCGCAACGACGUCAAGUACCCCGAGGACCUGUCGUCGUACGGCUCCACCGAGGCGGAGCAGAAAUUCUACUACUUUGUGCGCAAGUACCCGCUCAUCAACGAGUUCAUGACCCACUUCACCCUCAUCGAGGACCUGUACGGGCCCAAGACCACCUGGUUCGUCCGCAAGACCCUCACGUACCAGUCCCCCGUCGUGUCGGGCGACGGCUGGCUCGCCAUCGGCGACGCCUGCGGCUUCACGAACCCGCUGCUGUCGCCGGGCAUCAACGCCAACAUGUCGACGUCCACCUACGCCGCCGAGCUCACCCACGCGGCGUUCGACGCGGCGCGCCAGGCCACGGAUCCCUCCGCCGCCGAGCAGUCGAUCCGCCAGACGUUUGCGCCCUACGACGGCUUCACCCGGGAGCUGAUCCCGGCGCUGGACAAGAUGAACCGCUUCCAGUACGUGUGCUUCCGCGACCCCCGGCUGGGCCCGCAGGUGUCGUGCAUAUGGCAGAACCUGGCCAGCGUGCUCGCGGGCUACGGCUCGAUGCAGGGCAGGUUCACGCUCACGCGCGACACGUUCCUCCGCUACGCCACCAACUGGAGGUGGGGGUCCAAGGUGCCCGAGUGGGACAGGGUCGCCGACAACACCAUCCGGCUGCUCGGGCCCAUCCCGCUGGACGAGGAGGUGCCCGACGCCACGGUGCGCGAGGUCAUUGACUUUUGCAACGGGGUCAAGAACGAGGUCAUCGCGUCGCGCGAGCUCAACGUCCGCUGGUCUGGCAUGUUCCGCUGCUACGACGCCCAGCUGCAGUAUCGAGAGGACAAGGUCGACAACGACGGCUUCAUGUGCCAGUGCUCCCAGUGCUCGUCUUGGCUUGUUAGGCGUCCGGACUGGAGGAGGUGUUUCUCUUGCGGCAUGGAGCGGAGCGAACAAGAGUCCAUCGUGCUGUGGAACCCUCCUGUGGCAGCUUGA